UUGACUUCAUAACCUAUUAUUAGAGCAUGGAAAUGCACCGUGCUAACAUUGCAGACGAAAGAGGCCAUUAGCGAAAUUUCCUAGUUGAAUUAUCUUCUCUAGGGAACUGAUUACUACUUCCAACUUACAGAAAGAAUACGUUUGCAAAACCGAGGAUAUAAGAAAAUUUCAGAUUUUUUGAACGCGUUUACAGUCUCGCUGAAUUCGACACAAGUCACGAACGCUUCCCCCUCUGUGUUCAUACAAGGACACAUUCAAUUCUAUUGCUGAUGAGCUGACGAAGGCAUGGCAGAAACAGCUAUCAUCCGAGUUCUAAUCGAUGAUGGAACGCCAAGACUUCCUUUCCCCUUGCGCAUUCAACUGAAUCUAACAGUUCUACGCCUGAAACAGUUGAUAGAAGCCCAGGAAGGCUUUGGAAUAAGCGAGCAAGAGGUCCAUUUUCAAGGAAAUCAGCUUGUGGAUGCUCUAACUCUGGGACAACAAGGGGUUCUUGAUGGGAGCCACCUAGAUCUCCGAGUGAACUUUCAAGAAAUUCCUUCACCAACACGUAAAAAGGGUAGCACAUCAUCUGGGGAAGACUGUGUUGUACCAGAUAUUGACGAUGAAGACAAUGUCUUCAAUUUUGAGCAACCCAGAGUUCCUCCAGAUCCAAGGCUAUGGAGUAAGUGGGAUGUUCUUGAAUGGCUAAAAUGGGCAACAGAGCGGUACAAUGUCAAGGAUGUCGCAGCUGACAAAUUCCUCAUGAAUGGAAAAGGGAUUUGUAUGCUUCCACCAGAGGGAUUUGUGUACCGUGUACCACGUGGUGGGGAUGUGCUAUACAAUGACUUUCACAAGCGUUUGAAGGCUGCAACUGAACAAUCGCGGCAUCUGCAAAGCUUUCUUAAUUCUGGAAGGGUUCGUGGUAAUUCAAGUGGCAGUGGUCCAGCAUCAUCCUUUUACUACGUAUACUAGAGGUGUAUUAUUCUUUUAUUUAAGAUUAUGUACAGAACAAAAAAGAAGAUCAAGACUACCGAGUAAAAUUAUUGCAAAAGUGUGCAUGAAAUGUGCAGUAUUUAUAUUAAAGGCAUCAUGUAUAUAUGCAUAUCAUACAGAUAAAUAAGAGGCAGUUUAUUUGAGUCAGAAAGAAAGUAUAGAAUGUUUUUCCUCACUCAACAUUGAUUUGGGGUACUGUUUUAGACAUCAAGAAAAUAUUUUACUAUUUUACUAGUACUGUUCUUGUUUAUUUAGUUGACGCAAGCAUAUUCUCCCUGUAAUAUAGGGCUUAGGCCAAUUAUGCAGGAAGCAAGGCAGGAAGAGUACAUAUGGAUUUCAAAUAAAAAUUUAAAUAGUAAAGUACCCUUCCUAAAUCUAGGGUUGUUUUGGCGAUUCUGCCAUUUUGUUUAUAUCUGGGAUUUGGACCCCUCGACAAAGUUAAAGCAAUAUCAGUAUUGUAUCCUCAUUAUGGGACUUGAGAGUACACUUAUACUUUAUGGGGUUACAGGGUUUAAGGUUCAUUUUUUGAGUUAGCAUAUUAACUCUUAACUAUCCAAUUUUUCUUUUGUCAUAUUGUUCUGUAGUUACAAGGCUGUGGGAUAACCAUAAAAAUCUCCAUAAGGACAACAUUUAAUAGGAGUUAGCUACUUCUUAAAACCCUUUCUACUCGGGGUUGAGGCUAUUUUUAGAGUAGGCAGGGAAUUGGGAUUCAGUUUCCUUGUCCCAGAUCUUUAAAUUUAUCAGUGUUCUUGUAUUGGAUUGCAAGGAGCUGAGACAUCCAAAGCAGGCUGGGGAGUUUUAGGGUCUGUUUAAAAUCCUUCAUGUACAUAGUAUCGCAAAACUGCUUAACUCUUCAUUUUACACUCCAAGUGGUGUAAUUUUUAUCAGCAUAAGCAGCAAGAGUUGAAUUUAUUAGAAUCUAUUUCUGAGGCAUAUUAUCUCUUGGGAGUGCCAGGUUUGUUGUAAGUAGAGUGCUUGUCAUAACAUUCUUCCUGCUAACUGUGAACACUAAGAGAUAAUUUGCUAUUAUGUGUUCGAUAUAGACUCUCACUUUACGAUGAUCUUUAAUAGUUUGUUACAGUAGAACUCGCAUAAAAUAGGACAAGCUUGGACCUCUAAUGUAUAAGUAGAAAGCAACAGGUGAGUCCUGUUCAUUGUGAGUUCUACUGUAUGGUUUUAAAAGUUGCUGAGCUAGAAAAAUGUUGCUUGUGUUAUGUUUUCUAGUUUAGCCAGGGCUUUAGAAUUUUCAUGUAUCAUUUUCAUUGGAACUGAUUGACAUCGGAUCAACUUGUGAUUCUUUCCUUUGCAUAUAGUUAUUUUGGGUAGGUGGAAAGUUUAAUUGAUCAGAUGCUAAAAGAUACAUACAGACAUGCAUACACAUAGCAGUGUGCAUACCCCCCUCCCCUCCCCCCUGGCCACCAAAAAGCUGGUCAUUUGUUAUUGAAGGAAUGACUGCGCACCCUCUAAGCCAAUCCUGAGUAUGCGCCUAUCGCCAAUCUGAUGCAUUCUCUUCUUUCUCAAUCUUAAAGCAUCUGAUCAAUCAAACCGGUAGAUAGGCUUCUCUUAUCCUACAGCUAUGUAUAUCCAGCAGCAGUAAACGGCAAAAGUCAAAUAAAGGCAUUGACAAGGUGA